AUGGCAUCGAUCAAAACAUUCCGAAUACUAGUAUUACCAGGAGAUCAUGUCGGUCCAGAGAUUGUAGCGGAAGCCAUCAAAGUUCUUCAAACGAUAGAGAGCUGCCAACCAGAGUUUCGUUUCGAGACAACGUUCGAUCUUGCUGGAGGAUGCAGCAUUGAUAAGCAUGGUGUUCCAAUUACCCCCGAGGUGCUUGACAAGGCCAAAGCAAGCGAUGCGGUGCUUUUUGGCAGUGUCGGCGGUCCAGAAUGGGGGCAUGCGGAACCGAAUCCAGAGUCUGCACUGCUGUCCCUUCGCCACCAUCUCAAAGCAUUCGCAAAUAUCCGACCAUGCGAGUUUUUCGUGUCCUCAUUGAUUGACUUAUCGCCGAUCAAACGAGAUAUCGUCGCUGGCACGAAAUUUGUUGUAGUUCGGGAGAAUUGUGGUGGAGCCUAUUUUGGGGAGAAGACGGAGCGGAAAGAGUAUGCGUCUGAUCUCUGGGGCUAUGAAGCGCCUGAAGUUAAAAGGCUGUGUCGCGUCAGCGCCGCUGUGGCACGAAUACUUGGACGCCAAGAUGAAGGGAGUGGCGGACCGGCCGUUGUUUGGAGUUCGGAUAAAGCCAACGUCCUUGCAAACAGCAGACUCUGGAGGAGGGUGACUUCCGAAGUAUUUGCCUCAGAAUUCAAGGAUAUCGAAUUGAAACAUCAACUGGCUGAUAGCAUGGCAAUGCUCAUGGUUCGAGACCCCAAACACUUCAACGGUGUCAUUCACACAGAUAACACGUUCGGGGAUAUUCUGUCUGAUAUCUCAGGAGGAAUUCUCGGAACACUUGGUGUCCUGCCUAGUGCCAGCGUUUGCGGUGUGCCAGGAGAAGAUGUAUGCAAUGGCAUCUAUGAGCCUGUCCAUGGCAGUGCUCCUGACAUUGCUGGCAAAGGGAUUGUCAAUCCGGUUGGCCAGAUACUCAGUCUCGCAAUGCUUCUGCGGUAUUCGUUAGGUCUUCUCGAGGAAGCCACGGCCAUUGAAAAGGCAGUUGCGAAGGUAAUGGAUUCGAAGGCAGUGGGCGGUCUUGAGAUCAGGACAUCAGACCUUGGAGGGAAGGCGUCAACGAGUGAUGUUGGGAAAGCAGUUUGUGAAGUUCUGCGCUCAAUCCUAAAGUGUUAG